AUGGCCCCCAAAAGGAGCUUGCAGUGCGCCCUGCUGCUGAGCACGACGCUGGGCCUCGCCCACGCCGUUUCUCUGCCAGAGCCAACAGCAGCACCCGCAAAGGUGGAAGUCCGAGCGCCUAUCGUGACUCCCGCAGCGGUCCGGUUCGACGGCAAAUACAGUUAUGUACAGAAGCGAGAUAUCCUGGAGGACAUCAAGAACGGUGUAGAGGGCGUAGCCAAGUCUUGGGGAAGUGUUCUUGGCACAGAUCUGCCCAGCUUCUUCACUGAUGGCAUCCCCGGCUGGUUCGAGAACCUCCCGACCGGUACCGAUGUCAUGUCCAGCUUGGGCAUUGGCGAUGACGACCUUGCUGUGAUACCCACCCAGGUCCUAAACGUCCCACCGUACGCGAACUGGACAGACCAGGGCUGGAAUGUGCGUCUUCACGGCAAUGUGUACAAGAUUCCCAACAUCUCGCAGUCCAAGAUCGACGAUCUCGCCAAUAUCUUUUUGAUCGACACUAGCGUAGAUAAGCUGCCUGACGAUCAGAAGGCCAACGCUCGUAACCUUACACGGUCAAUUUUCAUUGUCCAGCAAGGCGAUGAGAAUGUCACUAUGACACUCGAGCCUGCGCCUAUGCAGGGUGGCGAUGGUGAGCCUGGUGGCGGCAAUGCUAUUACAGCGCCUGGAGGCAACCAGACAAUCACCCUGCCAUACGAGACUACCGCCGAAGGUGACUUUGACGUCUUUGUACCGAUCAAGAGCAAUGGCCUCCUGAACGGCAACGAGACUGAGAACGUGCAGCGUCUCAACGUCCACACAAACGGCACCGACUCUGGAAACGCCACUGCAUUCCUCGUUCCUCCCACAGGUAUCACUUUCGUCUCCGACAUCGACGAUAUCCUGAGAGUGACUAAGAUCUACGACCCGAAAGAGGGUCUGCUGAACUCGUUCGCUCGCAACUUCACCCAGUGGAUGAACAUGCCCGACAUCUACCGCAACUGGUCGCAGUCUCUGCCCAACAACACGCAUUUCCACUACCUGACCACCACCCCUGAGCAAGCGACUCGCAACUACAUGGACUUCAUUUACAAGACCUACCCGGGCGGUUCCUUUGAUACUCGACCCCUCAACUUCUCCGACGUCAAGGCCACCCUUUCCAUCCGCAUGUACCUCCUACAGAAGGUCUUUCAGACUUUUCCGCAAAGGAAGUUCGUGCUCAUUGCCGAUACCUCCAAUUCCGAUGUCAUGAAAGACUACCCUCAACUCGCUCACGACUACCCUAACCAGGUUCAGUGCAUCUUCCUGCGCAACACAUCCUCCACCGACAGCAGCGAUUGGUUCCCGUACAAUACAGCUGGCUUCAAGGGCCUGAACAACCGCAGUUACAUGUUCUUCCACGUACCUGACGACCUGAGCGGUCUGGACAUUGCCAACGGCCAGUGCUUGAACGAGUCGAUCCAGCAGAAUGUCACCUUCUCGAGGCAGGAUGAGGUUCUCGGCAUCCACGGUGGAGCUGGAAGCAAGCUCGCUGGCAGUGCUACCAUCAGCUUCGUGGUAGCGCUGGUCGCCGCUAUGUUCCUGACGUUGUAA